CGGUCGCUCCGUCUCUCUCUCUCUCUCUCUCUGUCUCUCAGCGCGCGCCACGAACAGCACGGAUAUAAGACGCAGAUCGGUGUGUAUGCAGGUGUGUAUGAGUAAGGGUGUGUGUGUGUGUGUGUGUGUGUGUGUGUUUAUCCGGACUGAAGAUUGAACACUGAGUGUUUCUGCGCGCGAGCUGCGGCCGGUUAGUGCUCGGUGGAGAUGGACACGCGGAGCGGCGCAGGGGGGGGCGAGCCGGGGGAGUGAGGGGGGGGGAGACACACACACACACACACACACACACACGGAGCUGAGAUUAAACUCUCGGUGAUUUCGGAGCUCCGGUUACGUUAACGCGCGUUAGGUUAUUCUUUCUUUUUUUUUUUUCUUUUUUUUUUGGAAGCGCGAGGAGCAGAGCAGGACACACACACACACACACACACACCCCGGGAGCGUGAGGAGCGCGAGAGCUUUUACUCUUUCCAGUCGGUGUAUUUAGAUUAGACCGGAGCGGAUCAGCGGCCGGUACUCGGGCAUGUGAGGAGCGAUUAAUCGGAGCGGCUGGAGGGGGAGGAGGGGGGCUGUGUGCAGCACCGGGACUCUGAUCAGCGCUCACACACACACACACACACACACACAUACUGGGGUUUGUUCUUUUAAACUGUUUCAUUACAUUGAAAAAAAAAUCCUAUAAUUAAUCGACCGAACCGGGGGUUUAAUUAUCCGAUUAUUCGCUGCAGGACUCUCUCUUACACACACACACACACACUCACACUCGGACCGGAGCAAUAAGAAGAGGACGGUGUGCUAAAGUGUCCUGGUCUCGGACCCGCGGUGUGUGUGUGUGUGUGUGUGUGAGAGAUUCAUGACUCGGCUCUAAGCGCACGGACUCUCCGCUCCUCCUGAUCGCUGUUUGUGUAAAGAACCCGCCGCGGAGAACCGGAGCGCGGUGAUGGAGGCGGUGACGCGGCCGAUCUUCCAGCCUCACCCGGGCCUGCAGCAGACCCUCAAGCAGUUCCACCUCAGCUCCAUGAGCUCGCUCGGCGGCCCCGCGGCUUUCUCCGCGCGCUGGCAGCACGAGGUGUUCGGUAAGGACGGGGAGGAGCUGGAGCGCGCGGCGGCGGCCUCGGUGGCGGCCGCGGCGGCUGCUGCGGCGGCGGCCGCUCACGUGCCCCAGCCUCGGCCCCCGCCGGUGCUCCCGGUCCCGCUGUUCAUGGCGAGCGACCGGAGCACGGAGCGCUGCGAGACCCUGCUGGAGGGGGAGAGCAUCUCGUGCUUCGUGGUCGGCGGAGAGAAGCGUCUGUGUCUGCCGCAGAUCCUCAACACGGUGCUGCGCGACUUCUCCCUGCAGCAGAUCAACGCCGUGUGCGACGACCUGCACAUCUACUGCUCGCGCUGCACCGCCGAGCAGCUGGAGAUCCUGAAGGUGGUGGGCAUCCUGCCGUUCUCCGCGCCGUCCUGCGGCCUGAUCACCAAGACCGACGCCGAGCGCCUGUGCAACGCGCUGGUGAGGACGGGCUCGCGCUCCCGGGCCGCCAAGGAGCUGGAGGUGAAGGGCUUCCGGGUGUACCACGAGUGCUUCGGGAAGUGCGCGGGGAUCUUCGUGCCCGAGCUGUACACCAGCCCCGCGGCCGAGUGCAUCCAGUGCGUGGAGUGCGGCGUGAUGCACGCGCCGCACAAGUUCGUGGUGCACGGGCACAAGGCCCUGGAGAACCGGACUUGCCACUGGGGCUUCGACUCGGCCAACUGGAGAGCCUACGUCCUCCUGAGUCCCGAGUACGCCGAGAAGGACGAGAACGCCAAGCUGGAGGCCCUGCUGCACGUGCUCAAGGAGAGGUUCGACUUCACCAGCAAGUACAAGAGGAGAUCCUCAGGGGUCCUGGACACAGUUCCUAUUAAAAAGGCGAAGCAUGAUGAUUUCUCUCACUCGCCCUCAGCAGAAAAAGACAAGAAACCUGAUUGGCUGCGAUCCCUCUCAGCCUCAGCCAAUAAGGGUUUUAAUUGCAUUCAGCCCCGACAGAGAGCGUCCGCGUUCAGGCCCUGGUCCCCAAACAUCACAGACAAGGACGGAGCCGCAAAACCAGCUAGUGUGCCGAGGGACAGUUUUUAUAAUUAUAAGUCUCUGGAGAACUCGGUGGCUCCGAACGUGGCUCUGCCUCCACUGCAGAAGGGGGCGCCAGUGUCUCUGUCCAUCCUGAGCCCUGCAAGCCGCGGAGGUGACGAGCGCACUGAGGGACACGGCAAGACCAGGAAGAGGAGGAUCACAGGCGAGGGUCACCCGGGACACGCCCCCUCUGUCCACGCCCAACAGAGCCACGCCCUUUCUCGAGCACCUCCAAUGACAGAGGAGCGUGACUCAGACGUGGAGGUCGAGGUUCGAGACGAAGUGACCUCCUCGCUGUCGUCUCUUUCAUCUCCUUCGUUCACGUCCUCCAGCUCCGCGAAGGAGCUCAGCUCUCCAGGUGUCGCAGGGGUCACGGGCAUGGCCGAGUUCACGGCAGGUGCAGGGUCUGGAGCAGAGAGCCAGGGAGGCGGAGCUUCUCUGGACUCUGAGCUGGAGACGCUGAGACAGGCGCUGGACGGAGGGAUGGAGUCUCGCGAGUCCAAGGAGAAGUUCCUGCAUGAGAUCCUGAAGAUGAGGGUAAAGCAGGAGGAGAAGCUUGGCUCGGCUCUGCAGGCCAAGCGCUGCCUCCAGCAGGAACUGGAGUUUUUGCGUGUGGUGAAGAAGGAGAAGCUGCGUGAAGCGAGUGAGGCUAAGCGCGCUCUGCGUAAAGAGAUGGAGCGAUUGCGAGCGGAGAACGAGAGGAAGAUAAAGGAAGCGAACGAGACUCGAGCUCGACUCACCCGCGAGCUGGAGGAGGCCAAGCAGCUACGCAAGUGCGACAAAGCGUGCGAGGCGGGACGCAUGCGCGCCAAAUACUCCGCUCAGAUCGAGGAGCUGCAGAUGAAGCUCCAGCUGGCCGAGGCAGACCGUGAGCAGCUCCGCUCGGAGCUCCAGCAGGAACGUGAAGCACGUCAGCACCUCGAGAGGGUCGUCAAAGAUCUGCAGGAUCAGCUGUGGCCCAAAGGCGAGCAGGACAAACACACGGAGCUCCAAACACCAGCAGCCCCAUCUGCUUCAAGUGCUAAAGAGCCCAGCAAUUAACACACACUCUCUGUGCCCACACACACACACACACACACACACAGGACUCAUGAGGAGCAGUGAGGUGAGAGACGCUGCACUGUGACUGAAGACAUUCUCAUGAAUAAGAGAAGAACAAAGACAGAAGGAGGCAUUGAAUCGGAACAUAAGGAAGAGUGUGUGUGUGUGUGUGUGUGUGUGUGUGUGUUCCGCACCGACUCCCCAUUAACACUCGGAGGCCCUGACCCUGAUGUGGAGACGAGCCCAGGGCCCGGUGUACGGUCAUUGCUGUUAAACCCCACCUGCCCGUCUGUUAGUGUGAUUACGGUAGACCUGCUACUCCUGGAUUUACGGUAAUCCUGUGUCCCCGCUGGGAUCCGUGUCCCUGAGAGACCUUAUAUUACAGUCCGAGAAACGAGACCACGGUCGAAUCGAGUGUACCAUCAGCGCAGACGUCUGUGUCUGCUCCACAGCAUGUGUGUGUGUGUGUGUGUGUGUGUUUAUAACAGAGGCUUUUAUACACAUUUAAAAUCCAUUCUCUACACGGGGAAGAAACGUCAGAGGAUUUCAGAGACGAAUAAUUCUCUCAAUCUGUUCAGAGAGUGUGUGUGUGUUUUCACACUCCUCCUUUUGUAACUCUUUAUCAGACAAGUUAUGAUAAAACUAAAAACAUCUUUUUUUCUUUUUUUACAAAGAAAUUGUAUUUCUGUCGCCUGCUUUCAAUGUUAUUAUAUAAUUUCUUAAAACACACACACACACACACACACACACACACACAAGUGUGAUUGGGUAAAAACCUUGUAAGUUUAUCUUAAAAAGAUGCUAGUGUGUGUGUGUGUAUGUUUGUGUGAGUGUGUAUAUAAGAGUGUGUAUGUCUCGCUAACAGCUUCACUGUGCAUAUCCACCGUUGCGACGCUAAUAAUUAGCAUCACGUUACAUCAUGGCCGCCAUGUUUUUUAUUAGGGCUUUUUAAAGAAAUAAAUAAAAUAAAGAUAAAUAAAUAAAGCGACAGAAUGUUUUCUUUUUAAAUAAAUUAUAUGUAAAUAUUUUUUUUUUUUACUUUACGGUAAUGAAUCGCACUUUGUCAUAACGAGAUCCUGCGUAUAAAUGCAUUAGCCUCUCUGUACCUUUAUUCCCAAGUUUAGCCUCCAGAAGUAGAGAAAAUAGAUCAAAGAAAAUGAAUAAUAACAAGAGACAGCAUUAUGUUGAGACGCGGCGCUGCUCGGGUCCGAUCCUCUGUUUACGGCAGAAUCCUGUAAAUAAACCUCCAGGCUCUUUACGCUCUGCUUCGCUCAAACACUUCUCUAAACAAACUCCAGUUAAUAUUCUUUGUUUAUAUUUUAUUGUUUUUAUUUUUACACACUGUGCGGGUAUGUGUGUGUUGUGUGUGUGUGUGUCCAGGAGUGUUGGUGUGUGUGUGU